ACGUCAGACCGAGUGUGUUCUUUGAUAACAAAUAAAGUUUCGAAGCAUUUUCGAAGUGUGAAAAUUAUAUUUAAAAUCCAAUAUUUAUUGGAAUUUGUUUUUAAAAAUACAAUCUGUAGUCUCAUGUGUUAUUUAUGUUGAACAAUCCUACCUCAAUUGGAAAACAAACUUUAUUUGCCACAGUUUCUUUGUGUGAGAAGGUCAGGUUUUGAUAAUGAAUAGUUUGAGUGCUAAAUUCAAGGAUUUUUUCUUGAACCUAAAAACUGAUGCCGUACCGCGGCCCCCGAGGAACCGGCCUGCAGAGCAAUAUACGCCUCCAGAACAAAACAACGAAAACCAUGACCCCAAUAAUGAGGAAGAACCUGAAGUUAUUGUUAUUGAGGAACCGGACGAUGAUUUGAAGAAAGAGAAAAAUAAGAAAUCAAAACAGAAGAAAGACUUCCCGAAAGAAGAAACUAAAGAAGCGAAACCCCAUAAGCAGGAGAAAAGGAAAAGUGACUGCACAGUAAAUACACAAGCAACUGGUAAUGUGAUAAACAUAGUGAAUUCCAAAGAUGUCCGUUGGGGAGACGACUACUAUAUGGGCUCGGCGAAGGGUCCUUCCAAAAAGAACAUUGAUCCCGAUGAGGAGGAUGUGGAGAAGUGUAAUCUUAUCACUUUACUCAUGGAGUCUAAGCAAAAACCCAUACAACAUGAGUACUUAGACCAGAUAUCGGGCAAUCUGGGAAAGAAUUGGUAUGGUCUGUUCAUAUCGCUGGGAUUCCUAAGAGGGAAAAUUGAGACUAUGGAGAUCAACACACGAGAUUAUGGAGUCACAGAGGCGCGUUACAAACUGUUGCUGGAUUGGACCAAUAACGACGAUGACGGCACACUCGGAGGCUUAACCAAGAAGAUCUGGGAGCACGGAGAUCGGGCUCUUGUGAAACAACUCGCUAUCGUGUACAACAAGAAUAAAAACAAGUAACGAUUCUUCUGUAGUUAGUGCCUUUAGGAGAUUACUUUAGAUUUGGCGACCGGUCUGGCCUAGCGCGUAGUGACCCUGCCUGCUACGCUGCGGUCCCGGGUUCGAACCUCAGUAAGGGCAUUUAUUUGUGUGAUGAGCACAGAUAUUUGUUCCUGAGUCAUGGAUGUU